GCGGAUGUGGGCGGGGCUAAACGCGCUGCGCGGUUACCGUGACAACAGCAAGUAACAGUCCAUACAGAGCUCAUCUGCACCAUGGAGGAUUACCAAACCGGAGAGGAGACUGCCUUUGUUGUGGAUGAAGUGAGCACUAUCGUCAAGGAGGCGGUUGAAGGAGCUAUAGGUGAAAACUCGUAUCAGCAGAGCCGAGUGAAACAGUGGACGAAUAACGUGGUGGAGCAGUGCCUCAGCCAGCUCAACAAACUCGGAAAACCUUUCAAAUAUAUUGUUACCUGUAUUAUAAUGCAGAAGAAUGGAGCUGGAUUACAAACAGCCUGCUCGUGUUUCUGGGAUAACACCACAGACGGCAGCUGUACAGUGAGAUGGGAGAAUAAAUCGAUGUACUGCAUCGUCAGUGUGUUUGGACUCGCCAUUUAAAUUAAGGACCUGGAUUAAAGAGGAUCAAAUCCACCAAUCAUCAAACAUCAUUUGAACAUUUAUUGUUUUUUGGGGCAAAAUUUGGUUGGUCAGUCGUGGCCUUUAUUUAGCCAUUGAUUUUAGCUCCAUAUUUGGCUCAGAAUGGACAUUCUUUCUACCACUUUUAACCUUAAUAAAAAGAAUUACACUUGUGUAAAA